AAAAGUGGGAAGCAAGAGAAUAAAAAAGCAUAAAAGGUUUCAGACAGCUUUUAUCCAAAUCAAAUGAUGGCGGCCAAUGAGACCAAAGAUGACCUUUACGCUCUCGCUCUCCAGAAAGAAGAAGAAGAUAAGUAUAAGGAGUAUGGUUUCGGAUCUGACGAGACUGAUCCUCCUCUGCCGCUUACUGUCGCCUCUCGGGUAUUAUACAUGUUAGGUGAUAUUGCAGCAGGCCCAGCUUUUCGGUUUAGUCAAUGGCUGGAAUUAGUGCGGAAGCGAAGCAGCAAGUCUAAGGCCUCUGGAUUCCCUCACCGCCCUCAAAGACUAGAUAGUAUGCUCUUGAGUGCAGGAGAUUUAAGCUUGGAAUCAAAUAAUUCUCCUCCUGAGCAAGUUACAGAAAUCAGUUUGUGGGAAAGACUUGGUAAGGCUGCUAUGUUGAACAUUGAGUCAAGCUCCUUCUCUUGGGACAUGCUUUCUUCACUUCAUCACACUGAACAUAGUAGCUGCAAUGAUUCUGAGGAUGAUAUGAAUAAAGCACUAGAGGUGACGGUAAAUUCUGGGGGGGUUGUAUUCUUUGCACUAUUUAACCAUAACAAAGGUGGUGAGUUUCUCCCCAAGGAAGCAGCAGCUGUUAUAAAAAUAGCAUCUUCUAGGAUGGCUACACAAUCGGAGCGGCUUGGCUAUGAAUUUGCAAAAUGGCUAGGUGUCAGAACUCCACAAGCUAGAGUCAUUCACAAUUGUAGUUCAGAGUGGUUAAAGAUCAAGGAAGCUGCAGAAAAAGCAAGAGAGACGGUCGUUUCUGAUGGAGAUGAAGUUGGUGAAAUGACAUGCUCAGAACUCAUAGAAGCCCUUGAACUGAGUCGAUGCCUUUAUCUGAUGAAUUAUGUGCAUGGUUCCCCUCUGCUGGAAAACUCAAGUGCAUUUACGACCCAAGAAGCUGCAGAAAAAACGUCAGCAGCCCUUGGCAGAAUCUUGAUGUUGGAUCUUGUCAUCAGAAAUGAAGACAGGCUUCCCUGUCGUCAUCUCCGUUGGCGAGGGAAUUCUGCAAACCUAUUGUUAGCAGACAAAAUGGCCACUGCAAAUAGGGAUGCAUUGGAAGAAGCCUUUGAUUCUGCUAUUAAUAGAUACAGACCAAGAGUAAUACGGGCACUUCAGAAAGAAAGAAGGUCGACUUCAGUAGAUAGCAGAUUGAGUGCUGGUGGUCCAGAUUUAGCAUCUAAGAGUUCUGAUACUGUAUUAGGAUCUCCUAUGUCUGGUGAAAGGACCCUUACAAGACAAGUUACAAUUGAUCCAAUAAUAACCGAUUUUGACGUUGUGGCUAUCGACUCUGUUGUCCCUCGUCGGCCACCAGCUGGAAAACGUGCACAUGACCAAGAAAACUAUCCUAAACUUGUUGAACUCCUUAUCAACAGUCCUGAGUAUGCAUCACAUCUCUUAUACGAGAUAACUAUUGGGAAACUAGGAGUUCCUCCAGAAGCUGUUGAAACACCUGACAAUUUGCCUUUUAAAGACAUGACCUCGGUUAUUCAUGAAUUCCGGAGUGGGUUUCGUGCAGCCCUCAUGGACUUGCAGGGUUUUCAUAUAUUUCUUCUCACACUUCACCAGAAGUUGGACAGUCUCUUACGGGCUUUCAUGAAUAUUAUAGAUAGAACUUCCGCUGGGGAUUUUGAAAAAGAAGAUUUGAUGUUACUCGAGCCCUCAUCACAUUCUGCUGGAGGUCUCCAUUACCUUUCCCCACAAGGUAAGGAACGUGGCGUCCAUGAUAGCCAGUCAGAUUCAAAUGAUACAGAGCUGCAAAAAACAGCUCCCAAGGUAUCAUCUUCAGGAUUCAAAGAGAACUUAGAAUCAACUUCUCCAAUGUCACGUGAUGCUUCACAUGGAAAGUCUAAUAAGGGGAGUGCAGAACCCCUCCGUACCAUGCGCAUGACCACAAAGCUACGUGACUUCCACAAACAUGCUAAGGUUGAUGCUGAACUAAACAAAGCAUUAGAGCAAUGGAAUGAAUUGCUAAAAAGUGAAGCACUUAAGCUGUGUCAAGAGAAUAAUUUCAAUUCAGGGUUUUUUGAGGGCAGCGAUAAUAAUGCUGUUGUUGAUGCUUACGAAUUGAAGCUUAGGCUUGAGCAUAUUCUCGAGAGGAUAUCAUUAAUAUCCGAUGCUGGAAAUACAGAAAAACCUUCAUCAAUUACAGGUAGCCUAUUCAUUGGAGGGGCAUUAGCUGCGAGAUCUGUUUACACUCUACAACAUUUAGGGAUUACACAUAUCUUGUGCUUGUGCUCUAAUGAAAUCGGACAGGCUGAUUCUCAACGGCCAGACUUAUUUGAGUACCAAAACUUUUGUAUUAAUGAUGAAGAAGACUCGGACAUCAGCCUGAUUUUUGAAGAAGCGCAUCAAUUUAUCAAUGAUGUUGAAAAGAAAGGUGGGAAGGUUCUGGUUCAUUGCUUUGAAGGGAGAAGCAGGAGCGCAACUGUUGUUCUUGCUUACUUAAUGAUCAGGAAGAACUUCACAUUAUUGAAAGCGUGGAAUACCCUAAGAAGAGCACACAGACGAGCACAACCCAAUGACGGGUUCGCUAAGAUACUUGUGGAGUUGGAUAAAAAGUUGCACGGAAUGGCUUCGAUGGAAUGGCAACAGAAGAAGCCCGCAAUGAAGGUUUGCCCAAUCUGUGGCAAGAACGCAGGCUUAAGCAGCAGCUCAUUGAAGCUUCAUUUACAGAAAUCACAUAAGAAAUUGUCGUCAGGGAGCGUAGACAGUGCCAUGACCAUGGAGAUACAAAAGGUUUUGGAGGCACUCAACCUUACACAAAGACAAUCGCAUUCCAGCGAUUGAUGAAUCUAAUGUCAUCUAGUUAAAUGACCUUCUGACAGGAUUUUUUUAAAUCCAUAACCUUCUACAGGAAGAAUAUAUUUUUCAUAAACAAGAAUACGUAGAGAGGAUAUUUAGGUGUAUAACCUUAAACGGAAUUUUGAUCAAAUGCAUGACCUUCUGACCUAUUAAAGAGAAAAUGGUUCCAUUUUUUGAGAAAGUCAUGGGUUUAAUUAAAAUUUCAUUUAAGGUUAUAUAUCUAAAUAUAACUGGCUUGUAUAACCCUGUCAGAUAGUUAUGGAUUUAAAAACAAAUAACCCACUUACAAAACCUAUGUAUGUUGUAUGAUUUGCAUAACCAUAAGGCUGCGUUACAUGUACAUCAAUGCAACAAACAAUUGUGGAAGAUUCAAAUUCUAACUGCUCUUCUCUCAUGUAAACUGAGACAUUUUUGCUUUUAUUA